UAUUUGAAUGAUUCUAUGUUCCACAGGUGGACAGGGAUUGUCCAGCUGAGGACUUGAACCACCACCAUGCGUGUCCAUCCGAGGAGACUGAUUUUGGUUGCUGCAGCCGCAGCUCUCUGUCUCCUGUGUGGCAUCAUUGUGUACACACGCACCAGGGUUUCAAGUACCAGACUCACCAACAGCAUUCAGGGAAAACUGCAAUUUCGCCAGGUUGAGGUGAAAUCGUUUUUUAAUCCAAAGUCUUCAGAUAUCUUCUGGACGCAACACAGCGGAAUACAACGGAAGCCGAUUUCGAAGUUGAGAGGCAAAAUAUCUGGCGAUUUUUCUGCAGACACGUCUAAUAUGGAGGUGGAUACUGAAGAUGAGGUGGAGAUGCAAAACAAAAGCCAUGGCGCUGACUUGGAGUGGUCAGCACUAAUGGACAGCCAAAGGAUGGAUGUGCAGACGGCGCGAGAAAAGUUUAAUUUGAACAUUCAGACGAGUGACAUGAUUCCUCUGAACAGGGAAGUUCCUGAUUCUAGGCCUAAAGGAUGCCGGCUUCUUCAGUACCCCUCUAUAUUGCCAACGACAAGUGUGGUCAUUCCUUUCCACAACGAGUGGCCAUCUGUCAUCUUGCGUACUGUGUACAGUCUCAUCAACCGCACGCCAAGACAGCUCCUCAAAGAGAUUAUCCUAGUGGACGACGCUAGUGACAUCAACAUUUUAAAAACCAGAUUUCGCAACUAUUUGGACUGGAACUUCCCUCCUGGUUUGGUCAAACUCAUCCGGCUGCCAGAACGGGAAGGUCUGAUCAGAGCUCGUUUGGAAGGUCUCCGCCAGGUGACGGGAGAAGUCGUUUCUUUCUUUGACAGCCACAUGGAAGUGAAUGAGAGAUGGCUUGAGCCGUUACUGAAUGAAAUUGUGAAAAAUCGACAAACAAUUGCCAUGGGCCAACUGGACUACAUCAACCAUGACACUUUCACAUAUGACUUCUAUGAGGGUUAUCGCACUCGCUAUGGCUUUCGGUGGGACAUGCAAUUCUUUGAAACAUUCUUUCGGCCUGACCAACUCAAGGGAAAGAAAGAAACUGAUCCACUUCCGGGUGUCCUGAUGGUUGGCCCAGGUUUUGCUGUGGAUGUGAAUUACUUCAAACACAUCGGGGCGUAUGAUGGCGGGAUGAAAAUCUGGGGUGGUGAGAAUAUCGAGCUGGCAUGGAGGGCUUGGAUGUGUGGUGGGCAACUGCUUCACGUUCCAUGCUCAAAGAUCGGCCAUGUCGAGCGCUCACAGCCGUACACUUUCCCCGAAGGACGACUGCGUACAGAGAUGGUCAACUACAAACGAGCUGCUGAUGUUUGGCUCGGAGAUUAUCGCCAGUACGUCUACACCAUGUUUCCUGGUAUGAAGGCUUUGGAUCCUGGCAGUCUGUCAGAGCGCAACCUGUACAAGAAUCGGCUGCAGUGUCAUAACUUUACGUGGUUCUUGGAGAACAUCUGGCCAGAGCUACUGCCAUACCAGGAGAACUCGAAACAUUGGGGACAGGUGAAGAGCGCAUCUUCCGAAGCUUGCCUUGACAACGAUGACUAUGUGUUCCAGGCUGCAAAACCCCUGAGAGUGAAUCAUUGUGAGCUGAACAUAAAAACUCAGGGGUUUGCAUUGAUGAAGGAUGGGCGCCUGCGUACGACCUUGCACUGUGUUGUGGCUAAGGCAGAAGGUGCAGACCUUGUGCCUUACAUUGAGAACUGUUUCUUAGCACCACCUCAAAAAUGGGCUUAUUCAAAGCACCGCCAGUUGGUCUUGGAGAUACCUCGACUGUGUCUACAAGUACUGAGCCGAGCCCAGCUGGCCUUCCUUCCAUGUGACCCUGCUGAGAAGGCUCAAAAAUGGCUCUUUGAAACAGCCGGUAUCUUAGAAUCUCUCAAAGAUGAGGCAGAAGACUAUGGUUGAUGGGAUUAUCUGCUGUCAAGAUAACAGUGGAUUGUGUUGUAUCAAAGACAACUUACACAACUAUUUAAGACUGUGUCGAACUUUGCACAUAUCAGCUGUCCCAAGCUUACAUAUUUGAAUCUGGCCAUUUAUUUAUUAGUUGUGUUUUGGUUCUUUUAAUAGUAGAUAGUCUUGAAUUAUUAAAUGUGUCACAAUCGCCAUGGGCAAUGUCAAAAAUUAUAUUUUGAAGCUUGUUACUUAUGAAGUUGGUUUCAUAUGAAACUGUGGAAGGUCCCAGACUUUUUGUUAUACAUUAGUGUUCAAGAUAUUGCUUUUCUGAUAGUUUAGUUGGUUGUAUUGUAGGCCUCUAUAUGACUGUGCAUUGACAAAGCACCUGAUGAUGGAAGUAGAGGCACUCGGUGUGUGAAAAUUGCCUUAUUAUAGGGCUUGUUUCGUUUGAAUAUGUAUUGGUGUUUGCUUGUGAUUUUUCAAAGCAGUAUUUCUCAAUGCUCCUGAGAAUGGGCUCUUUUCCUUUGAUACAAACCUUAUGAAGUUUUGCUUGAUUGUGUUGAGAAUUUGCCAAACAGUCUUACUGACUUGUCAGUCCAUCUACUUACUCAUGUAAUAACCGUUCCCUUUGCUUGUACUCAUAUCAUAACUCUACAACCUCUAGAAUGUACUCUAAUUUUAUUUUCAAUACUCUUUAUUAUUUUUAACUUUUUUGUUUGGGCUUGUAUUUAACCCUUACUGCCCUAGCUGCAUAUAUUUUCCUCGCAAGUUCCCGUUCCCCAAGGUGCAGUCUCUUUUAUUUUCCUCAAAUUCAGUCACACACUUUUACCGUAACCUAGCCAAUUUGUCUGUGAAAAAUAUUCCACAUGCUAUCUUCUAAAACUUCAGAGGAGAACAGAAUAGAGAUUUUUAAAAACUGUUUGCCAAAAAUUGAAAAUAAGAAACAAUCAGUAUUGGCUGUGCCUGAGGAGUCAAGGACUCCAGUAUUUCCUGGGCCAGAGGGAAGUGAGGGCUAAAAUUAGCCUGGUGCUAUAAGGGUUAAUGUCUCAAUGCUUUGUUGCUGUGACAAUGUUGUGGAACUCGGAGGUUUAUUCUGUUUUAAUGCUGGAUGCAGGGUAUAUUGAAAUGUUUUUAUUUUUCACUUUGUAGGGGGUGCUUUGUUUUCACACCUUUCUUUUUAUGUCUGUUUUUGUGUGUAUUUUGUGUUUGCCUUUAUGUUAGUUUGUUAUUUGGCUUGAUUUCAUAGAAGCAUUUAAAUUUAUGCCUUGAAUUUGCAUUUGUAAGUAUGUGCAUGUAUAUAUGUGCCUGUCUGCAUGCUUGUGUGCAUGCACGGGUGCCUGUGUGUGUGCAUACAUGUAUGCCUCUGUGUAUGCUUAUGCUGAACUUUUUAAAAUUAUAUAAUAAGAACUGACCAGUAUGGUGCUGCAACUAUCAUGAGAUAUUACAAUGUUUUGUACAUAUCAACUGCUAAGUGUACGACUCCAUCAUACGUCACUUUUCACUGGGGGUGGUUGGCAGGUGCUCUGGUGUGUUUUGCUACUUCUUUCCU